CCAACGGUUUCAACUUUUCUAAUUUAUGUCUUCAUUAUAUAUAUAGCUUCCUUUGUCCACACUUUAUCAAUCUACAAUUUGUUCUUUUUCUACUUUGUUUAAAUCAUAUUAGUCUUAUAUAGAUCAAUCAAAGAUCCUCUCUUUUUCUUGUCAUCUUUUGUGGGUCGUUUUGUGAUUUGCUCAUUAGUUAAGUCUCUUUGAAAUUAUAAUAAUCAAGUGAAAAGAUGGUUUGUUUGGUAUCUCGUUCUGGAAGGCAGAUGCAAAGAUACAAUAGUACCGGUGGCCGUCAAGUUGUCGGGUGUAUCCCUUACAGAUAUAAAACAGAUAUUGAUGGCAAUAUGAGUAAUGAAUUGGAGGUACUUGUUGUUAGUUCACAAAAGGGUCAAGCAUUGAUGUUUCCCAAGGGUGGAUGGGAACUUGAUGAAUCUUUAGAAGAAGCAGCUUGUAGAGAAUCCCUUGAAGAAGCAGGAGUUAUAGGAAUUGUUGAGCAUGAAUUGGGUGAAUGGAGUUUCAUUAGCAAAAGAUAUGGUACAUACUAUGAAGGUCACAUGUUUCCCUUACUUGUCAAGGAACAACUUGAUAUUUGGGCUGAGAAAAAUCUACGUACAAGAAUAUGGAUGAAUGUUGUUGAAGCUAGAGAAGUUUGCCAACAUUGGUGGAUGAAAGAAGCAUUAGAUAUACUUAUUGAUAGGCUAACUCCACAGCAAAAAAAUAACAUUUAGCAUUAAUUAUUGGAAUUUUUUUCCCAUAAGUUUAUAGUACAGAUAUAAAAUAAAAAUUAUAGAGCAUUGUCCAACAUUCGACUUAUUUUUUUUCCUCUCAUAUUUUCUCAUGUGUCACAUUAGAGGGUUCAUAUUUUCCUAACACGCAGAAGUUAAAAAUGAGAGAUGUAUAAGUUCCUUUGUAUUUAUCUGAUAAAAAAUUAUUGUAAUGAUGCUUAUGUCGUGUUUAUAUACUUCCAUUCAUUCCGUAA